AUGUCCGUCACGCUGCACACCUCCAAGGGCGACAUCAAGCUCGAGCUCUUCUGCGAGGCCACCCCAAAGACCGCCGAGAACUUCCUCGCCCUGUGCGCCUCGUCCUUCUACAAUGGCUCGCCCUUCCAUCGCCUGAUCCCGACCUUCAUGGUCCAGGGCGGCGCACCUGCGUCUGACCCAAAGUCCAAGGCCAGUGCAUCCAUCUUCAAUGACGGCGGGCUUUUCGAGGACGAGUUCUCGCCUGCGCUGCGGCACAACGCCAGAGGAAUCCUGAGCAUGGCGAACAAGGGUCCGAAUAUGAACGGCAGCCAGUUCUUCAUCACGUUUGCGCCUGCGCCGCACCUGGACGGCAAGAACACUGUAUUUGGGAAAGUGCUAGAGGGGCAGGAAGUGCUCGAUGAUAUUGAGAAGGUGCCGGUCGACAAGAAGUCGCGGCCGCAGGAGAAGGUCGUUAUCGAGAAGGUUACCAUCCACGCGAAUCCUUUGGCCGGGUGA